UUGCUCAGAAUUGACGCACGUUUUUAGUGUUGAAUAGACACGCUUGCUUAUUACCGCAGGAAGCUUUGAAGGUUUUUCACAAGAGUCAAUGUAUUCUGGUUUAUAUUUUCUUCUCCUUACAGUGAACAUCUGGGGAUUAAACGAAAUAUUCUGACAUUGACUUUGGUACAACAUACGCUCUAUUGUGAACUGAAUCACUGAAUCAAGUGAUCAAGUAAACCGAAGAAUAUUCUCGGUGAAACACGUUAAAAGAAUGACUUGGGAAUUCUUGAGUCUACUAUGUUUCGUUAUUUUGAGAGGAAAUCGUGGUGAGAAUACUGGAUAUUAUGGACUUUACGAAAGCCCGAUGUCCCUGUUUGAGAUGCAGGGAGCUACUCAAGUAAACACGUUCACUCGCUUGGGUUUUUACCGAGCAAUUUUGAGCGAAUUCUCCUUGGUCACCAGUUAUGUCAAAUCACCUGUUAAAAUGGGAAUGUAUGUUUCGGACAAGAACAAAAGGUUUUCUACCUUCGAGUAUGCAAUAGCCAGCUCACUAGACUCUUCUCUGCCAUUGGGGUCGCGUGGCGGCGUAAAUUGUUCUGGAGAUGAUUUGUUCGAAGUCCAAGGGAAACUUUACGGUAACUUUUUCGAGAUGAAAAUCAUAAAUAAGCAGCCCUUUGACGAGAAACGAUGCGAGUCGUAUAUUUUGAAUGUUGAAGCGAAGCUGGACGAAAGAACAGUCGAUAAAACGAAAGUUUUUAUUCAUACACCACUGCCUGCAAAUUUCGACGCACGUUUUAACGUAACCAGGAUGUCUGCAGUCAUUCCCAGCGACUUACCACUCUUUCAGCCGAUCAUACAACUUCGUAGCCGAGAUCUCAGCGACGUUGGAAAAGUACAUUUCUUGCUUAAAAAUAAGUCACCAUAUUUUCUUCUGAACCCUGCAAAUGGUGUUUUGAUGUUGAAACUGCCUUUGCCUGUUGACAAUAACCAAUUUCACCUGGUGGCAUUAAUGAAUAAGAUGAGUGCAAAAACGAAUGAGCAGACCUCCAAAGAGGAAAGAUGUAAGAUUACCAUUAAGGUGAGACGUGUAAAUGAGCAUUCACCUACCAUUCACAUUCAAGCUGUGCAUUCACCACAAGUUAGUGGCAAUAUGAUAUUACUUGGAGAAAUUGUGGUGAAUGACCGCGAUCAUGGUAAGAAUGGGAAAAUUGACUAUUGCAAAAUCACAUCUGGCAAUGAAACUGGGAAAUUUUAUCUGAAGCGAAUAUCGCCAAAUGCUGGUCACUUUAAAUUGUAUGUCACAAACUCUGUUGAUUGCCUGAAUUGCCCAAGCCAUGUCACUUUUCAAGCAGCAGAUAAAGGCGAUCACCCCAAGACAGCAGUAAAAAAACACUCCUUUGUCCUAGGUCAAGCAUUCGGCAGAAAUGAUUGUUCUUUGAUUAGAAAUCAAGUUGUUGAUGUCACUGAAAUACUACCUGUUGGCUACAGCAUUAUUGAUUUGCAGUCAAUCGGUUCAAAUGCCAAUGUAUCUUGUUCUGCUGUGGUGGGAGAUAAGUUUGCACUUGAAAACUGUAGAAUAACAUUAGCUAGUCCCUUAAAUGCCUUGAUAGCAUCUAGCUAUGUCAUGCUUAUUUCCUACAAAAUCAGUUGUGGGUCAAUUGUUCGAGCUGGAUUGACUACAAUACAUGUGAAUGUAAUUGAUUUCAACAAUCAUAUGCCUGUCUUCCUUACAAAAACUAACUACAUAGAAAUUCCAGAAGGUAUGGCUGUCAAUUCUGAGAUUUAUAAAGUACAUGCUCAGGAUGGGGACAUUGGGGAAAAUGGACGGCUAAUCUAUUGGUUUACUAAGGAUUCAAAUCAAUUUGCCAUAAAUUCAACCACAGGUGUUAUUUCUAUCAAGAAAGUCCUUGAUCUUGACUUAGGAGAACCCUGGCUAGUCUAUCUUGUUGUGAGAGCUGCUGAUAAUGGAUUGCCGUUUCGUCGAGAAGCAGAAAUUGUUAUUACUGUCAAGAUAAAGGCACGAAAUGACAAUCUCCCUGUUAUCAAGCAAGACUCUUGUCAUAUCAAACUUCCCGUCCAUGCUUCAGUUGGCAUGGCUGUCUUGCGACUUCAAGCUGUCGAUAUCGAUCUUUACACAGGUAGUAAAAUAUCAUUCUCCCUGGUAUCAGGCAAUGAUCAGGGGUUUUUCUCGAUCGAUGCUGACACGGGUUAUCUGACUCUCUCCAAACAACUCCCAAAUGAUCAUAGAACGCUUACUCUCCAAGUAUCAGCUUCUGAUGGUAGCAGAAAAUCCAGGAACAAUGCCAUUUUGAAGAUAAAAGUUGAAAGUGAUCUUAACACAAUGAAUGCUUCAUGUGUCAUAUCAGAUGCAUAUUUAAGAGCACUGAAGUUGAAGCCAAAGAAAGCCCCUUUGCCUGCUGUCAAGCCGCUGACAAGCAGCAGAACGUACACAAACGUUUAUGCGCCAGAAUUUGCCAGCAAAACUUUGUAUGUAACAGUAUCUACAAAUGUAAACGUCGGUGCUGUGCUGGCAGUUCUUAAAGCGGACGAUAAAGAUGUUGGUUAUGAAGGAUUGUUGACGUACUACAUGGUUGAAGUUAAUCGUUAUUUUUCACUUGAUCCUAUGACUGGUGAACUCAAAGUUGUAGAAAUACCCGAUUGGAGAUUUUUUGAUAAGUACGAGCUAAAUGUAUCCGCCUGGGACUCUGGAAAACCGCGAAAAGUUGCAUUUCAAAAUGUUGUUGUCCGUUUAAACGAUGCUGUUGGUAGGCCUCCAAAAUUUACCGAGGAAUUUUACAAUGUUUCUGUGUACGAAAAUUCACCUGGCGGGUCGGUCAUUGUAAAUUUGAUUCGAAAAGAGAAUAUGGGUGGCAGAAGGUUUACUCAUAAGCUUGUGAACGAUUACGAUAAGCUUUUUUCCCUCGGUGUUCGCAAUGGAGGUUUGAAUUUAGUUGCUAACAAACGAUUAGAUUAUGAGUUUAAGCAAGUGUUUGAAUUACACGUCCUAGCGUUGGGACCGUUUUCUGAAAACAUAUCGGUUGCCCACUGUAUCGUACUCGUGAAUGUCAAAGAUAUCAAUGACAAUCGUCCAACUGUUUACAACAAGGAUCAAAAAAUCGUGAUCAUGAGAGAUCUGCCGCCAGGAAGUGCCAUAACUCAAGUUGCUGCUGACGAUGUGGACUCUGGCGACAAUGGACGACUGAAAUUUUCAUUAACGAACACAAGUUUUGACUCAAGGCUUUUCUCAAUUGAUGCAAACAGCGGCCUGAUCAAACUUCAUAGGUCCUUGCACGAUGUUUCACAAGAUUCUUUUGAUCUUUCUGUUUUGGUGAGUGAUUGUGGCACGCCAUCGUUAAACGUGUCCGCGUAUCUCGACAUCGUCGUAAUGUCAAGGGCGAAUAUGCAAAAUCUUCGAUUAUCAAACAGUCGAAGUGGGAUUGAAAUGUAUUCCGUACUCGAAAACCUUCAAGCCGGAGCGCAAAUAUUAGAACUGAGAGAUAGUCGAUACAUUUUCUCUAUUGUUGAUGGCACAGAUCCGAGCAAAUUCAAACUUGUCUCUGGUUUCAUCGUGACCACCGAACCGUUGGAUCGUGAGAUUGUCGCAUAUUAUUGGUUGAGCGUUAUGGCUACCGUUAAAAAAUCUGGACAUUUUAGUCACAUGCGAGACAUUCUCGUGAAGAUUGAAGACAAAAAUGACAAUGCCCCGGUCUUUUUUCCUCCGCUUUACGAAAGUAGGGUACCUGAGAACACGAAGCCGAACGAACUAGUCGCCGCACUCUCGGCAAAGGAUGCCGAUUCCGAUGACAACGGGAAGGUUUCGUAUAAAAUACUCCGAGGUAACGAAAACGGACAUUUUAGUAUAAAUGCUUCAACGGGGGUCAUACAAACCACCGCUAUCGCAUUAGAUUAUGAGGAUAAGAAAACAUUUUUCCUUCGCAUUCAAGCAAGUGAUGGUGGCAAGCAGCCGUUGACAAGCGAAGCGACCGUUAGAGUUUACGUUCUCGACGAGAACGACAACCCGCCGAUCUUUCAACCCAACCUUGACGUGCAAUAUUCAGUUACGUUUGGACAUAAUGUUCCAGCAAACACGCUACUUGGUCAAAUACUUGCCACUGAUUUGGAUUCGAAAAAAAAUGGACGGGUGACUUUUACCAUUCUUGAUGGAAAUACCGGUGGAAUGUUGAGACUUGACGCAAAAUCCGGCGAGCUGUUUAACAACGCUCCUCUCAGUGAUCUGGAUAUUUUCCGUUUGCAAAUAGAAGCUAAAGAUGGCGGCGAUGUGGCGCUAACCUCGACGUUGAUUGUAAAUGUAUUUUUACAGCAGCUAUUUUCACUUGCACCCAAUACGCCCAAAUUUCUUCAUAAGGUAAAGGAAGUGCAGAUUUCAGAAAGUGCGAAAGUCGGUCAUCAAAUUGCUUUGCAAACUACUACAAGUGACCAUUCCACAUCUUAUUUCAUAUGCAAAGGCAACGAAAGGCAAAGAUUUAGGGUUUUGGAAAAAAAGUUGCAACUCAUUGCCGCCGUCGAUUCUCCUUCGUACAAGUUGGUCGUGUGCGCAUAUGAUGGGUCAAAUAUAGUUAACUAUACCCUGAAUAUCAAAGUUAAGGAUGUAAAUAAUCAUUAUCCCGAACCGCAAGUCAUUGAGAAGAUUGCCAACGUUCCAGAAAGUGCCAUUGCUGGAACAAAAGUUACCGAGGUUUCUGCUUCUGACCUUGAUUACGGUGUCAACGCUCAACUGAAAUAUUUCUUCAAGUCUGCUUUUCGGACCGAGUCCCUCGGUUUAUUUUCAAUUGACGAACAUUCCGGGGAAAUAUUUGUAAAAGGAGAACUAGACUACGAACAUGUCAAAACGCACGUAUUGAUCGUGGGUAUCAAAGAUAGCUCGCUUAUCCCGCUCGAAAGCACAAUGUAUGUUGUGGUCGAUGUGGACGAUGUAAACGAGUGGAAACCAGCAUUUUUGAAAUCUUCUUACGAGGUUUCCAUUCAAGACACCAUACCACGUGGUAGUGACGUCAUAAAAGUCAUUGCCCAGGAUAAAGAUCAGGGCCUAAAUGGUGUGCUGAAGUAUUGCAUAACCUCCGGUAAUGUUGACUAUGCGUUCUUCAUUCGCCCGCAGAGUGGUGUCAUCCAAACAAACAAAGUGCUAUCUUCUUCGGACAUUACCGAGUACAAGUUGACAGUCGAGGCUCGGGACCAUGGCACCUUUGGUCUUUCCUCCAGUGUUAAUAUAACGGUGCGUGUUCAGCGUAGUAGUCUCGAAUCCAAUUUUCGUAAGACGUUGUACUCAGCGUCCGUGUAUGAAAACGAGGCCGUGGGCACUUACGUGACGACGGUGAAUUUCAAUGGAUGGAUGGUAAUGUACUCAUUUGUCAACGAGAGCGAGUGCGCCGACAGCUUCCUCAUUAAUGUGUUUACCGGAGUCAUCACGACCAAGAAAAUAAUUGAUGCUGAAAAGUACUCCCUUUGUGCUCUCACAGUGAAGGCUGAAGAUUGCAGCGGAGUGAUAAAGAAAACCAGGGUUGUCGUCAAAAUAGAAGACAGGAACGAUAACUUUCCCGUUGUAUCUAGUCACGGCUAUGUGGGAUACAUCGAUGAAAACUCUCCCGAGGACUCUGUGGUUUUAAAUACAGAUGCAAACGGUCCAUUGGUUAUUUCAGGGCACGAUGCUGACGUACACGGUUCUCAAUUGGUGUACGCGAUCGCUGAUUCGUCCAUGGAGAGUUAUUUUAAAAUCGACAUGCACACUGGCGAGAUUCGCACUGCUAAGGUUCCGAUUGACUAUGAAACAAGACAUUUGUAUCGACUUGUCAUUCAAGUUAGUGAUCAAGGUAAGCCAUCAUUAUCCGUCAUCACUACUGCUGUGAUCCAUGUGGGAAAUAUCAACGACAACAAGCCGAGCUUCGCAUCCAGCUCUUUGAAAGCCAACGUUUACCUUCCUGUGUACAAGGAUGUGCGUGUCACAACGCUAGUCGCCACAGAUCGGGACAACCUGACAAAACUCGAAUUUUCCAUAACGAAACAAGACAUUCCAGGUCUUUUACGCGUCGUAAGAUCCACAGGCAAGGUGCUUGUCGACAAGCCUUUGCAGGUGCGCGUCGGUUGGUACAAUGCGGAUGUCCUCGUGAGCGAUGGAACCUACUCAACGACUGGUAAACUCCGCGUGAUAUUCAAAUCUAUAACGCCGACAGAUCUAAGGUUCUCGCGGCCUAUUUACCAAUCUCACAUCCUCGAGAAUACAUCGCGAAUACAGACCGUUUUAGUGCCCUUCGUCCGUGGAUACAGUGUUGGAGAACGCCUUCGGUUCAGCUUAACAAAUCUUGACGAUGUUUUCACCAUACAAGAAAAUACUGGGGCUGUCAAAACAAGAGGUAAUGUUGUUCUUGAUCGAGAAUCUACGGAUUCCUAUCGACUUGUGGUUAUCGUUCGCGAUGAGCGAAACCCACCGAGGGUUGCCAGGUGCUUGGUUAGUGUAACUGUGGACGAUGUGAACGAUUGCCGACCUGCCUUUCCUCCUUCGCCCUUAUUUUUUGUCGUGUCAAAACGCUCCGAAGCUGGCUCGAAAGUUGCAACCAUUGCUGCUGACGACUGCGAUGCUGGACGAAAUGCUGAUGUUAGGUAUAAAAUUAAGAAGGACGAUAGCAAAAUGUUUGGUAUUGAUCAAGAGACAGGUGCAUUGAGUGUACUCGGUCAGCUGACUGGUCUUCCUUCGCCUUCAAAGUUUACAUUGAUCAUUGAGGCAAGGGACCUGGGUAAGAUUUCUUUGAGUUCCGAAGCAGAAGUGUCUAUGCAUAUCGAAUCGAGCGAUGCCUGUAUAUUCGAGAAGCCAUUUUAUCGCGUGGAAUUACCGGAAAAUGCCCGAGUCGACGUGAUUUUCAAACAACUGCACGCAAGAUGUCCGAAGGGAAAACCCAUUUUCAGCAUCGUUUCCGGCAACAAUUUCACGCAAUUUGAAUGCGACAUAAAUUCUGGUGAGCUAUCGCUGCUUUCACAUUUGGAUUACGAAGUCGUUACUCGCUACACGUUGUCUGUGCGUGCACAAGAUUCAAAAACCGGUGCUUCGAGCAUCACCACAGUCGACGUACUUGUAAAAGACAUCAACGACAAUCCGCCUGUGCUGAAAUCGUCAUCGUACUAUGUGAAGGUCGAAGAGAAUUCUCCACCGGGGACGCAACUCCUGCGAGUUUUGUCCACUGACAAAGAUUCUGGCGAGAAUGCUAGGCAUUUCUUCGAAAUCGAACGGGAUACGUGCGUGACGCCUGGGUCAUUUGCCAUAGAUCAGAUCAACGGUACAGUGACGGUUACAAGAGCGCUGGACUAUGAAACGCAGAAACGUUGCAAUAUUGAAGUGCGAGUAACCGAUGGUGGUGUUCCAGCGCUUCACGCUAUGACUUCGAUCACGGUCCUUAUAAAAGAUGUGAACGACAACCCCCCGGCAUUUCAAAGACCUCGUUAUCAUGCCACAGUGAUGGAAAAUGGGGGACCGAGUCAUUUCAUCACUCAGGUCGUUGCAAAGGAUCCAGACGAGAGUGACUUUGGAAAACUCACCUAUGGUACAGUGCCUGGUUACGGCAGUACCUAUUUUACAAUCGACCCUCGUUCCGGCGUCGUGACCCUCUCGAAAGUACUCGGUAUUCAACUCGGGAAAGUAUACAUGCUGAACAUUAUUGUGGACGACGGUAUCCACACUGCAUUCACCAAGCUCGAUGUCGUUGUUGGACAGUCGAAUAAUCAUCCACCAAUGUUUCAAAAGGACGUUUAUGAAGCCUACAUCACGGAGAACUACCCUGCCGAUAGUUAUGUUGUCAUGGUGACAGCAACCGACGAGGACUCGGGAAAGUUCGGGGAAGUGACUUACGCAAUUGAUAGCCCCGGGUUGAUAAAGGAUUUCCAUAUCGACUCCACUACUGGGAUCAUUAGCACACUGAAACCGUUUGAUCGUGAGUUAGAAAGCUCAGUUAUCAUACCUGUGCGUGCAAGCGAUGCUGGUGGCGAGACAACAAUAUGCACUGUAAAGGUUAUUAUCAAUGAUGAAAACGACAAUCAGCCCAGAUUUUUGAUGCCCUCUUAUACUGCCGUAAUCUCCUCGAAGAACACGUCGGUUGGUGAAAAUCUGAUUAAAGUCAACGCGGUUGAUCCUGAUGAAGGUGACAAUGGUGCUCUGUCGUACGCUUUGUUCGGUCAACGAUCUCCUCAUGUCUUUGUUAUAAACGAAACUACAGGCGUUAUUUCGUUUAAGAGAAAGCCUUUGGAAUCCGUCUACGAUUUCUAUGUUCGCGCACAAGACAACGGUUAUGUGCCACUUAAAAGUUAUGCUCCCGUCCGCGUCUACAUACAAACGAUUCAGUUCAAAUUCCAACAUUCACGUUAUUCGUUCAUCCUUCCCGAAAGUUUCCUUGGUCCUGUUCCUUUCACUUUUUCUCUGUGCGAUGAGAAAGGAAAACCUGUGAAUUCAAAUGUUCAGUUCUCCAUGUUAACCGGUCGUAGUGAUGAUACCAAUGGAAACGCUACGUUUGAUGUUGACUCAAAAGGAAAUCUUGUGGUCGCUCGACCAUUGGAUUUCGAAAAAGUUCAAAAGUAUGAUCUUACCGUCAGAGCUAAUCGAUCUAAGAUUACCGCGUUUGCCAUCGCUCAAAUCCACAUUCAAGAUGUCAAUGACAACAGGCCUGAAUUUGAGUCAGAUAUUUACAAAGUCAGUGUACCGGAGGAUGCCAUCAUUGGACGCAAUCUAGUUCAAGUUCGAGCCCAUGACAAGGACAGUGGAGAGAAUGCAAUCAUCUCUUAUCAUCUAUUAUCCAAAUCAACUGCAUCAUCUGAUGUUUUUGCGGUCGAGUCGAGCACGGGUUGGUUAUUCGUCAACGGGAGUCUGGAUCGCGAAAAAGUCGCGUCGUAUGUUAUCAAAAUCAUCGCUCAGGAUCAUGGUCGCAAUAUAUCAUUGAAUAGUACAGCCACUGUCCGUGUUAACGUGGACGAUGUGAAUGAUUCUCCACCAGUUUUCUCUCAUAUGUUGUACCAGGUUUCGGUAAGAGAAGAUCUUCCCGUUUACUCGACUGUUCUCAUUCUAAACACGACGGAUUCCGAUAUCUCUCCAGAGGUCGCGUAUUAUAUCGUGAGUGGGAAUGUGCAAAACGUAUUCGGUGUUCAUCAAUCAUCGGGGAAGCUUUUCCUCGCCUCGAAACUCGAUAGAGAAACGUAUCAAAGUUAUCGACUCAAUAUCACAGCUUUUGACGGAGCGUAUACAGCUUCCGCCUUUGUCGAUGUGGAAGUAACUGACGUAAACGAUAACAGACCUGUUUGCGAACAGUCUUUUUUACGCAUCAAUGUUUUCGAAGACGAACAAGUCGGAUCCAAAUUGGUGACGAUCAACGCAAGUGAUGUCGAUGAUGACAGCAACAACGGAAUCAUGUUUUGGGGACACAGUUAUUUUGACGUGUUUACAAUCGAGAAGAAUAAUGGCACUGUCAUUUUGAAAAAAGCAUUGGAUCGCGAACAGCAGUCAACGUACAACCUUCUUGUCUCAGCUUCAGAUGGUGAGAACUCGUGUUACACUAAUCUUACCAUAGAUAUACUCGAUGUCAACGAUUCACCGCCGAAGUUCACGAAGUCCCGCUUCCUGGCGUCUAUUCCCGUUGAUGCUCGACAAAAAUCGUUCGUGCUUCGUGUCGAGGCUAAGGAUGACGAUAUCGGCGAGAACCGUAAAAUAGAAUACGACUUUGUCAACUCAUCAACUGCCGAGCUCUUCACCAUGGAGCGUGAAACUGGUGUCAUAUCGCUCAAGACUCGUGUACUCAAACGGGAUGAAGAGAAAUUUGUUUUUGAUGUUAUAGCUAGAGAUGGCGGCUCACCGACUCUCUCGUCAAUUGCGAGUGUGGAAAUAAGUGUGUCGACCAUAACAAACUGUCCGUUCCUAAAAGACGUGUACAAAAAAGACAUAUCCGAACAUGUGAAAACACCUUUCGUGGUUGAUACAGUAGCGGUUACUUGUGGUGGUGGUGAUUUCUCAGUGAUUUAUAAAAUAGCUGGAGAAUCCGGCAAGAAGUAUUUUGAAGUAGAUAUGCAUACCGGUCUGCUUAGGUUGGUCAAGGAUCUAGAUUACGAGAUGGCGCGGACGCACCUUUUUACGAUAGAGGCUUUCAUGAUGAAACCUUCCGGGAAAACAAUACUGAUAAAUUCCGUCGCGGUUGAUGUCAAAGUGCUCGAUUACAAUGACAACAAGCCCGUGUUUGACCGGCCUUUUUACGUGGGAUUUGUGAACGAAGGAAGUAAGAAUGGCACUUUUGUGAUCCAGCUUACGGCAAAAGAUAACGACAGUUUCAGUGUGCUUCGCUUUAGCAUCAUAAAUUCAUCACCGGAUUCGCAUUCGUUCGUUUUAGAUUCACUGAACGGAAUUGUUUACGUACAAAACCAACUGGACUACGAAAUUGUUAGAAAGUAUGAGCUCGUUGUUCGUGUCGAGGAUAACGGCGUACCCUCGCUUCAGUCUGACAUUCGAUUGACAGUGAACGUGAAUGAUCUGAAUGACAAUCCACCGGUCGUUGAAAAAGAGCUGAAACUGCUGUUUCGAAUGGACUCUCCAGUUGGCCAACGGGUUUUGCAGCUUAGGCCAACUGAUGCAGAUGGACCUUCAAACUCGGAACCGUUUACAUUCAGCAUAGUUUCAGGUGAUAAUGAUGCCUAUUGGUUGAAUUCGUCCUCGGGAGAAUUGCUUGUUCGAAAACCGCUGACUUGGCAAAAUGUUACGUACAACAUGACGUUACAGACGGUGGACAACGGUUCACCUGCUCUCUCUGCAUUAACGCACGUUGAAAUAACCGUGGUAAAAAUGACUACUGAACCCCCUGAUGUGUUGCCUGUCACGGUGUAUGUCAAUAGGCUUGCCAUCGAUGUCCCGGAGGGUGUUGUCGGUCAAAUUGUGCUACGAAACAAAGACAGAAGGAUUGUACGAUUUGCACUACUUGAAAACGACGGAUUAUUUUCCAUGGGCUCAAAAGACGGCCACAUCAAAAUGGCGCCUGCGGUGAAGGCAGGAAUUUAUUCGAUGAAGGUCUUUGUUUUUGAUGGAACAUUUAACAUCACCGUUCCUUUAACUAUCUUGGUUAAAGAAAUAACAAGCGAUGUGAUCAGCAACAGCGUCACGAUUCGAAUAACCGGAAUGACUCUCGAUGUUUUUGUGUCAAAAUCCCUCUCGUCCUUGAUGAAUGCAUUGGCAAGCAUCACGUCGUCUUCUCUCGAGGAAAUCUAUUUGUGGAGUAUCCAAACUGUUUCUCGCAACAAGCUCGACGUUGUGUUUGCCGUCAAGAAACAUGGCCGCAUGGAGUUCUUUAGUCCCGAAAACCUUUAUGAAACUUUAGAAAGGAAGCUGGAAAUGUUUCAGAAGUUGUCCAACAUUGCCGUAUCAUCCGUUGGCUUGUUCCCCUGUGAUUGUCCGGCUGGCAAGGAAUGUCAAAACGUUUUAAGUCUGGUGGACGAGUGGAGUUCUCUUAAUGAAGAUAGCGUCAUAUUCAUAUCUUAUCGAAGCCAACAGAACAGAAAAUGUGUUUGUCCAAAAGGCAUUUCCGAAGCGGAAUGCAGUCACGUGCCUUCGUCUGAGUGCCUUAACAAUCCUUGCAAGCCAGGUUUCCAGUGCAUUGAUCGUCCCACCGGAUAUCAGUGCGUUUGCCCUCGUGGGAAACAUUGUCAAUACGGUUGCCUUGGGAACAAUUGUCAUACUCAUGCUGUGUCCUUCAACGGGUACAGUUACAUUCGCUACAAUUUCCGUGACGAGACGACAAAAAUAUCCUCGUUUUCCGUGUCGCUGCGAACAACCAAGUCUUUCGGUACCAUUUUCUCGGCGAAAGGAGCGCGAGAUUUUUUCCAUCUCGAGAUUUUUCAAGGUAAGAUCCGUGCAAGGUUCGAUUACGGAAGUGGCGAGGGCAUUUGCUUGAUUCGCGAUGUGAAGGUGAACGAUGGAAAAUGGCACGAAAUAGAAAUGAAACGGAAAGAACGGACCGUUCGUCUCAUUUUAGAUUCAGGCAGGGUUCAGGCCGAGGCUGUUGCUACGGGUUCGAUGAGUUUCUUGAAUGUUCAUAUGGAUAACAUCAUUGUUGGCGGGAAGUUACCUCGCAGGUCCGUAAGGAGUUUUGCGGGAAACUCCGAUGGCUUCUCAGGUUGCAUGGAAAGCCCUCGGCUUAAUGGCAAUGCGUUACCGCUGACCGGUAGCAACGCCGACGUAUCAACAUCGACCAAAGGUAUUUCUCACAACUGCUCUGUGGACGUCUGCAAUUCAUUUUUGUGCCGUAACGGAGGCGUAUGCAAGGUUUUGGACAAUAAAGCAGUGUGCAAUUGCAAAUCUGGUUUCACUUCGAACGAUUGUGCUGACGAUAUAGACGAAUGCUUGUCUUCUCCAUGCAUGAACAACGGCAAAUGCGUGAACACAUUAGGAUCCUUCCAUUGUACAUGCAACGAUAGUGACUUUGCGGGAGAACUGUGUGAAACGCGUGUAAGUGCGGUCACACACCCGGGCUCUUUAGGCACGAAAGAAUUUGUGUACAUCGGUGCAACCGCAUCUUUUUUGUUUAUUAUGGUGAUAAUAAUUUGCUUGAGCUGUCGAUGUUAUAACAAGCGCCAAAAGAAGACCAUGGCCGCCAAACUGAAAUGUAAAAAUGAAAAACUGAUUGUGCAUGCCACGGAAGAGGAUACAAUGCUUCCCCCUCCACCACCCCCACGUCGCGGUGACGUAGACGAACCCACUCCUCUUUUGGUAAGCCGUGCACCGUCGUGGGACUACGCAGAUUUAUCCGAAAUGGGGCCUAUCUGCCUGAAAAUAAUGUCGCGCUCAGAUCCGUAUUGCGACCAUUCUGGUGAGUACACGGGUGUCCCCAAGGUACCUCAAAGACCACGACAUACGAGUGAAAGCGAUGGCGUCCCAGAUAUUCCGAAGAAACCAGGACAGUAUCGUUAUUCGAGGAGUUCGUCCCAGAAUUCAUUCCCGAGCCACGAAGAUGUAUCAGAAUUUCGUGCUAAAGAUUUGGAGAUGAUCCGGCUGGGGAGAAAGGACAUUGAGAAACUUAUUAGCAGUACGACAAGUUUUAUGGAAGAUAAUUUAGAAACGAAGCGUGCCUCGAGAGCGUACGAUGUUCGGGAAAACUGCAGAUCUCCGACCGCUGACACGCACGAGCCGUUUCACACGGGGCAUCUGGAGACAUACGAUGACAAGAAGGUGGGUUAUUUUAUUCCAGAUGUUGAUAUGAGAGAUUCCGUGAGCAGUUCUAGCGGAAACCACGACGAAAGAACGGCCACGCUGGAAAAAGAACGAAACCCGACGAACUCGGAUACCAAAAUGCUUUGUCAAGAGUCGACAAUUUAGAGAUGUUUGUUUAAAGUGAUUUUUGCUUAUAAAGACGUACAUGUUGUUGAGUUUUUGAAAUAAAUGCCCUUUUCCAAGCAAUGAGAUGCAAGUAAAACGAUUUAGCAUUUCAAAGCAAACAGGCGAGUAGUUACGUAGCUGUGUUUAGCAUGUGUACAUUGCAUGUUUUAAUUCAUUUCUAAGUUUUACGUCUUUGAUUUCAAAGGACUCUUCUCAGAGACGUCGACAUGCACCUUAUUGAAAGUCGCCAUUCUCUUUCACUUCAGACCAAAAUAUUUGCAAUGUGGUGCCUAUGGGGGUUUGUUCCAACUGUUUCGAAAGAUGUACUUGAUUUUUACUCUCGAACUUUCCAAAAUAGAUUAUGAAUGUUCAGAUGGUUAAAAUUUUUAAAUUAAAUGAAAAACGUAACUUGAUUUCUCUCCAUUAAGAAACAACCCCAUCCAGGUUGACACGCUGCCACAUUCUUAUCGCCGCUUUUAAACGUUAGCUGGAAAAGGGCAUUUUCUAUUAGUUCCUAUGUGAACGAAUUAUGUAAAUAUUCUUUCAAUAUUAGACUUUGAGUUAGUUGCUUGUACCGCGAUUUUAGCGCGUGUUUUUAUUAAGGAUGAAAUGUAUAACAUAUAUAACACACUUUUAUAAACACUGACGUUUUAUAACUUUAGUUAACAGUUUUAUAUGUAUUUAUGAUUUGUAUUAACUAUUUAUUGUGUUUUUCAAAUGUUGUCUGGGACAUUCAGCUCACUGGUCUUAGACCCUAUUUGCAUGGAAUUAGAAUGACUCUAAUGAAAGUAGGUUUAGUAGUUAUGCAUGAUCUGGAGAGAUAGUGUGCGUAAUAAGGAAUUGAUAAAUUAAAAUUUAUUAUUGGUUAUGUAAAAAA